AUGCUCGCUGCAGACUCAGGUCCUUUACGCUACCGUCUCGUUGCGGCAUUCGAGUCCACCAAUGCCCUGAGCAAGCCCAUUUUCAUUCCUCUCAUGUUCAACAUGAAAUCACUAUUUGCAAUCUUGCUCUUUGUCGCUUCUGUGCUGGGUCAGGCGAAUGACUCUGCUGUCGUCCCUUCGGAACCAGAUGGAGAGGACUCAAUUGAUGUCCCAGACUACUCAAUACAGAAUAAGACUGCAGCAGCAAACGGUCGGCUGCUGCAAGAUGGAAGGUCUCUCCGCUUUCGCUCCUCCACUCGCGUCAUUAUGGGGAGUCGAGGAGAGAAGCUAUAUGCAACACUCAUGCCAGCGAAGCAAAUCCACGCCAUCCUUACACACGCGAAACAAGAUCUAGCGAGCUACCAUGAGCUCUACUCCACGACUUUCUACCAAUACAACUUUACGGAUUGGGCAUUCGAGGUGCGAGCUUACAACGACACUCCUAUACCCUUCGCCUCCAUCGCAGGGAUCGUGCAUCGUUUGUUGGUCCUCCUACCGGAUCCAGCCACGGACGAACUCACCUUCGCGCGCGUCGGUCAUCUACUCCGAGGCGAUACCAUCCUAGCUCAACAAGCAUUCAUCCCCCUCUCGCCCGACGUCGAAAUUGACCCCACAUAUCAACAAAUGCAACUAUCAGGCGGCGUAGACAAUAAUCCUUUGGUCUAUCAAUUCACCCCCAACGGCAGCGCCAACGUCGAGCCCAGCAGCAUCAACACUCGAACCCUCCUCAACUUCAUAAACUCCACCGCACCCGCCGCAACCCCUCAACUUCCGCAAGACGACCUCGCUGUAGCAGAAGCUUCGCGCAACCUCACCAACUACCUCAUCGGCAGUUUUUUAGUCACCUUCACCUACGACGUCUGGCUUGAACGCCCCGAAAAUCGCCCCGUCAUCGUAGUUGUGUCUCCUCCCCUCCUCAGCGCCGCAGUUUCCGCUUGGUAUACUUCCAUCUGCUUCGAAUAUCUCGACGACGAAAACAUGCCCUUUCCAAAUGCGCUGAACACUGCAGAGAGCACGGCCUGGAUGAAAGAGUAUCAUGUGGGCCGGCUACUUCUACGCAUCGUCAUCCGCACGUACAACAUUUGGACGCACGAGGAUCACCGUCUUACGGUUAUUGAUAUAGUGGAGGGCUUGUUGCAGGGAUUGUGGGAUCAUUUGAGGGGCCUGCCGGUUGGGCAGAAAGUGCCCGUUUUGAGUGGACCGGUCUCGGUGGACGUUCCGGAUCCGACGAACCUGGGGCACACGAUUACGGUUAAAGCGGCAGAGUAUAACAUUACGGCGGCGGAAGUGGAGGCUGCGAUUUUUACUGAUGAUUUGAAGUGA